AGAUCUGGUAAAACUGAAAGUAAGAGAAGUGGAGUGCCAUCCUCUGGGGCACUGUGAGUGUGGGGCAAGAAGAGUUUGGAUGCCAUCCCCAAGUGACAGAUGGGUGGACUUUUCAUCUGAAAGGAGGAGAUACCUCAAGCCUAAGAUUGCGUGUGAAGCAAGCAGAAGACAGAAAAGAGAGGCAGAAGCCAAAAGGGAAGAUCGAAAUUGCAAGGAACACACCGACAGUGACAGAAGGGCCGCUUCUUCAGCUGCUCACCCAAGGAAGAAGCAAAAUGUCUCUAAAGCUGCCCAGGAACUGGGAGUUCAACCUGAAAGCAGAGGCCGCCAAAAUAGCUCGGUCCAGGAGCGUGAUGACCAGCGAGCAGAUGGCGAGCUUCCACGCACCAUCUGCCCCUAACCCUCUGGAGAGGCCCAUCAAGAUGGGCUGGCUGAAGAAGCAGCGGUCCAUUGUGAAGAACUGGCAGCAGAGGUACUUCGUGCUGAAGGCGCAGCAGCUCUACUAUUACAAGGACGAAGAGGACUCGAAGCCACAGGGCUGUAUGUAUCUACCAGGAAGCACCAUCAAAGAGAUUGCUACAAACCCAGAAGAAGCAGGGAAGUUUGUCUUUGAAAUUAUUCCAGCCUCAGGAGAUCUGAAUCGAGCAGCACAAGACUCAUAUAUCCUCAUGGCCAGUUCCCAGGCAGAGAUGGAGGAGUGGGUUAAAUUCCUCAGGAGAGUUGCUGGCACACCAUCUGGAGCGGUCUUUGGCCAGCGCUUGGAUGAGACUGUAGCCUAUGAACAGAAGUUUGGCACCCACUCAGUACCCAUCCUGGUGGAGAAGUGUGCGGAGUUCAUCCUGGAGCAUGGCAUGAAUGAAGAGGGCAUCUUCCGCCUGCCCGGGCAGGACAACCUGGUGAAGCAGCUGAGAGAUGCUUUCGAUGCCGGGGAGCGGCCCUCUUUUGACAGAGACACAGAUGUGCACACCGUGGCCUCUCUGUUAAAGCUCUAUCUCCGAGACCUCCCAGAGCCUGUGGUUCCCUGGAGCCAGUAUGAAGGGUUCCUGCUUUGUGGACAGCUCAUGAACGCAGACGAGGCAAAGGCUCAGCAGGAGUUGAUAAAGCAGCUCUCCAUCCUUCCGCGGGACAACUACAGACUCCUGAGCUACAUCUGCCGGUUUCUACAUGAAAUCCAGCUGAACUGCGCUGUUAACAAGAUGAGUGUGGACAACCUGGCCACUGUAAUUGGUGUGAAUCUCAUCAAGUCAAAGGUCGAGGACCCGGCUGUGAUCAUGAGAGGGACCCCUCAGAUCCAAAGAGUGAUGACCAUGAUGAUCAGAGAUCAUGAAGUCCUCUUCCCCAAGUCCAAGGACACACCCCUGUCACCCUCUGCCCAGAAAAAUGACCCCAAGAAACUGCCAGUGCCUCGAAGCUCUGUGGGCUGGGAUGUUGCCGAAGACCCUUCCAUUUCUAGGACAGACAACUUCAGUAACACGACAAGUGACUCCGAUGCCACCAGCCCCACAGGAUCGCAGCCAAGUGACAGGCAUCAGCACGACAGUGGCAAAGCCCCCACAGAAAAGCCGGGAGACUGGAAGGUGCAGUCUCGCAAAAGGACCCAAACACUCCCGAACCGGAAAUGUUUCUUGACAUCAGCUUUUCCAAGUAGCAACAGCAACAAAGUAGAGAUCUUUAAGAAUGAGUUUUGGUCACCUUCAACAGAGGCUAAGGCGGGGGAAGGGCACAGAAGAACCAUGUCUCAAGACUUGGGCCAUCUUUCCGACCCCCAGCGGACUUCAACCUAUGACAAUGUCCCCUCCCAGCCAGGGCCCCGUGAGCCUGAAGGGGGCACACUUUCUUCCCCUACCUCUGACUGCAAGAAAGACGCUCUCGCCAGCCCAGACUCUCAAACGGGGCCUCAAGGAAAGAACUCUGUGGAAGAGGAGCUUGAUUCUUUGCAGAAGAUGGUCCAGGACCUACGGGAGCAAAUAGAAACACAGAAGAAAACAUAUGAAGAACAGAUUAAAAAUCUUGAGAAGGAAAAUUACGAUGUCUGGGCUAAAGUGGUCAGACUCAAUGAAGAGCUAGAGAAGGAAAAGAAGAAGUUUGCUGCUCUGGAAAUCAGCCUUCGCAAUGUGGAGCGCUCCAGGGAGGAUGUGGAGAAGAGGAACAAGGUUUUGGAAGAAGAAGUCAAGGAAUUUAUCAAAUCAAUGAAGGAACCCAAGACUGAUCCGUGAGGGGCCUAGAAGUACCAUAAGGACAACAAUCAAAGCUUGGCUUUGUUCCUUUCCUCAGUGGUGUGCACAACUGGAAAAGUAACUUAACUCCCUCAGAGGGAAAGGACAUUUUAGGGGAAAUGUCACACUGCACAAUAAGCAAAUCAGUGGAGUUUGCAGAUGGAUAUGGAUGAGGGGGGAAAUAUGCGGACACCUAUGAUCACCUGUCACUGAGCUCAAAAGGAUUGCAUUAUUCCCCUGUGGCCUCAGGAAGAGUGAAUGAAACCUUCCAUAGGUAAUAACUUGUUCCAACAGAGAAGUAUGAGACAGGUGAUAUCUCAGUGGUCGGGCAGAAAGCUGGCCAUAAUCUGAAGCUGGGCGGAGAUGUUAGUUCUUUAUCUCAGCAUGAAACAACUCACCCAGCCAGAUGACCUCAAGAUACCUUUGGGCACAGGCAGAAAUGGGAUUCAGCUCUCUGAAGCUCAUCCAGGAGGCCUGGGAUUGGGCAGCUGCUCCUGCUGGGCUGGGAACCCCAUCCUACCACCCUUGCCACAGCGCACAUUCUCUGGGGUUUUCCGACUUUAUAUUAGAGCAAGAUGAAGCAAGCAAUAAACUGUAUUUAUAAAGACAAAACUAUACUCAAACAAAGUAAUUUUAAAAACAAAAAAGAAAGAGCAAGGCUGUUGCUAAUUCAUAGGACACCUUUGUAAGAACUGCUAAGCUACAUCCUUUCCUCUGAGCAGAUGUACCUCUCUCAGGAGCUCAUGGCUUGGUGACCAGGACAUGGGCUGUUCGCAAGCCCUCACUUGCCUUUCAGUAGCCUCAACUGUGUGUGAAGACCCAAGAGUAAAGGCUUCCUGCUCUGAUGUGACCUCCUUAAAGACUUUGGAUUUAUGUAGUAAAAUAUAUGAGAAUAAUAUAUUUUCCAUUUGUGAAAAUGUACGUGCUUUCACCUUCUAAAGUUACCUUGGGCACUAGACAACAUCUGGGAGGUGAAUUUCCCUGGAGAUGGUCGACUUGAAGAAGAUGGUGCUGGCAGGGGGAGAUUUGGGACAUUGUUAGAAAAUCAAUAAAAUAUGUGAAUCCCUGAGAUCUACUUACUCUUUAAUUACAGUCA